AAUUUAAGUAUAUUGCGCAAGUGUCAACUUUGACAACACCAAACUGCGGGUUCUCUUAACCAUGGAGUUAUUGGCAUGGAAUCUUAUUAGUGGAUUGGUGUUUUAGAUAAAUCCUUAAGUUAUUCAGAGUCCAUGGAAAAUAGAGGCGAAUAUGUGAUGUUUUCAAAAGAGACAUGCCUGUUGGAUGCACCAGCGGAGAAAUUGAGGAAAGAGCUGGAAGAAGAGCUGAGACUCAGCAACAGCAAUUUACAAAGUCAUGGCUGGUACCAUGGCCGCAUACCUUGGGAGGUAUCAGACUCUCUGGUGCUACAGGAUGGGGAUUUCCUGAUUCGGGAUUCUCUUACCAGUUUAGGAGACUAUGUCUUAACCUGCCGCUGGAAUCAGCAGGUUCUCCACUUCUUAAUCAGCAAAGUUCUCCUAAGAUCCAGUGAUACAUAUGUACGGGCACAGUAUAUUCUGGAGGGAGAAGCAUUUGACUCCAUUCCGACCUUGGUCCAUUUCUAUGUGGGCAAUCCGACUCCCCUAACCAAGCAAAGUGGGGCACAUAUCUAUACCCCAGUAAACAGGACUCUGCCAGUGCAUUACCUGGAGACAAUGUUUGGCCAGGCUCAAGCUAGUCCAGAGAGGACUCCACUGAACUCACCUGUGCACGGGAAGGUAAACCUGAAGAAAAGAGGUAGCAUUGCUGUAACAGAGGCUCUGGAAAUAGAGCUAAUUAAUCCUGAGAGGGAGGCAAUCAAGAGCUUUGUUGGAAACCUCGAACAGCAAGUUGUACUGACUUCAUCGACCACUCCACUGAACACACUCUGCAGACGUAGAAGGAGUUCAUCAUGCAACAGGAAGUUUGUUGUGGUCCCAUCAUCACCCGUUCUGGAAAGACCCAGUGAAACACAGCUGUAUCCCUCUGCCACAGCAAAUAGUGCAGUGAUUUGUUUGGAGCCUACACUCAACAUCUGGCCUACCAUGAAACAGUCCGAUCACAGUACUACAGCAGAGUCCAGCACCCUACUGUCCAACCCAGCCAUCUCACCACUGAGCCAUAGUCACAUAGAGCCUCCCCACAGUGGACAAGAGAACCAAACUGUGACCGGCCUAAUGGGGGAGGACAAUGAGGAUUAUUUAAUGCCUCUCGUAGUUGAAACAGCCUCUAGUUUCAGACCCAGCAUGUACCAGUCACCCCUGCUGCCCACAGAGAACAAACCCCUAGAGACAGGAGUGCUGAAGAGAGUUAAGAAAGUGCUAACAGAUGCUGAUACAAAGGCAAUUGCCAUGCACAUCACAAAAGUCGACUGCAUGGUUUCUCAAAUAUUUGACAUACCCAAUGAGAGAACACGAGGAAUGGGAGUGAGUUCUGGAAUGGAGUUACUUACUCUCCCUCAUGGACAUCAUCUCAGACAAGACCUGCUAGAAAGGUUCCACACCAUGUCCAUCAUGCUGGCGGUAGAGAUGUUGGGUUGCACAGGUAGUGUGGAUGAAAGGGGGGCCCUAUUGCACAGAGCUAUCUCUCUGGCUUUUGAGCUGAAGAGUAACCUGGCCAACAUGUACGGCUUUGCUGCAGUUAUGAGAGUCUUGGAACUACCACAGAUUGCUCGGUUGCAGAAGACGUGGAUGGUUUUACGCCAGAAAUACACAGAAAGCGCUGUCCUGUAUGAGAAAACCCUCAGGCCCUCUUUGAAGAGAAUGAAUGAUGGAAAGGAGGUCUGCAAUCUUUUGGAGACAACUAUUCCUCAUAUGCUCCCUCUGCUGGUCCUACUGGAGAAGACUGCAGUCACUCUUGAAGGGUCUGAGUCAUGGGAAAGUCUUGACACAGGGAUGGACUCUGUACUGUGGCAUUUAGACACUGCACGUUCCAUUGCAUCCCAUGGGGACACCUUCUGCUCCAAUGCAAAGGCAAAGCUACAAGGAUUCCAGGAGCACCCAGACAUUCUAGAAGUUUUCUUGACAGAGUUCCAAAUGCGACUUCUGUGGGGCAGCCAGGGAGCAGAGAAGAGCCGAGAAGAGCGCUACGAGAAGUUUGACAAAGUGCUAACAGCUCUGUCCAACAGGCUGGAACCUCCUCAGUCAGCACAAUAACUUAGGGAAAUAUCAUUCUACAUUUCUGACUCCAAACCAUAUAUUUAUUUCCUCUUUUUGAUGUCAUUCUGUUUAAAUGACUUAGGGAAGAUAAUAUGCAACUUACUGAACAACAGGGCUGAACAAGUCUAAAUUAAGAAUUUGUAAAUAGUGUAGCUAAAAAUAUUUCUAAAUGAUUAACAUUUAGUUUGGUUUGCUCCUAUUAAAAAAUCAGUAAUAAAUGUCUUUGUAAAUUACACCUAUAUUAUUAGAAACUAUAUUAUUUUAUAUUAACUAUUUUGGGGUGUCAGAACUUUUCCCUGAACUUCUCAGAUUAAACCAUUUCUAGACUGACUUCCCAUUUGUGCUUUAUUGUAUUUUUAUUACUAUACAAGAAUUAUUAAACAAUAUUAACAA